AUGGAUGCCGGCAUCAUUGACUCAAUGGCUUGUCAAACCCCCAUAGCCAUUGACGGGAGAUUGGGUCGUGCUCACUUUGCGCAUAUAUCUAUCGACAAAGAGGGGAGCCUUCACUUGCAGUGCUCUCAGUCAAUUGCCAAAACCUUUCAAGGGCCCCUGUAUGCACGGCUAGCGGAUACAUUUUUGAAAGCCGUCACGAUGUCAGAAGAAGUUUGCUCCCCAGCAACUCGGGCAUCACCUCCCCAAACUGCAAAGGCAAUCACAAAAGCGUCGCCCCCACUAGAAUCACUACACACUCCACACAAGACAGGAUCGGACGACAAAGAUCGCACACAAAAUUCCGCACCAACUAGCCUAUCUCCACCAGAAGUAGGGCCAGCCCAUGAAGCGCAUUCGCCUCGUCGGGACACACAGGGCUUGGAGCGCACAAAAAGAAAUGUUUGGAGCAAGGAAAACAGAAUGUGGAGGCCCGAAGUCACGAUACCUAUUAGAGACCGUGAUUUUCUACGAUUGUACUAUGAAAAGGCAUUUCAAACCCUGCAGCAGUCAAACUGCCGGGUCCUCGCAAAAGCUUAUAUCAAGCUGGUGGAGCCUCGAAAGCAGGUAUGCUUUCCAUACAACGGGCGUGCCGUUGUCACAGGGGUCAUUCGCCAGCUUGACCCAGAGGUGGCCAAGCCGCCUUGGUGGCCUCCUGGGGUGAGGCACAGAGAGCCAGACCAUCUUCUCAAAGAGGAGCGCAUCAAGCUUCUAGUUCAUAUCUUAUGUGAACUGCGUACUAGCCACAGUAUCACCACCAAAUUGCUGCGGGAGGCCGACCAGCAAAUUCGCCGGUAUAUAGUCCCUGCAGAGAGGGUGUGCAUCUUGGACGAAAUUUAUCGGGUUCGACAAGAAGAGAUAGAAUUGUUGGAGGGCAAGAGCGAUGGACAACGUCAGGUGUGGAUUUGUCGCAUGAAUCUGCCUGAAGCACCGGGGACCGCAUCCAAUGAUAAUGAACAUUACGAAGACGCCAUCCCCUUUGAUGCCGUACCUACAACUACCUCAAACAGCCCGUCUUCACAUGCCACCCCAGGCUCUAUCAGCAAUGCUCCACUGGCACUACUUGCAUCUGACCCAACUCUCCAACCCGCGUUACCUCUGGACCAUCCAUAUAACGUACAUUGUCACAUUCCUAGGAAGUACGCAAGCCCGGAUCCCAAUGCCAUGUUUUAUGACAUGAAUGUGCCGAUAUCAAUGCCACCGCAUCGUUUCAAGAGAAAACGCGACGUCGAGGAGAUAGGCCAAAACGACGUGACUAGGGGUGCUAUGACCACACCCUACUGCUCUCCUUCGGCCACGAACUACCUUCAAUCCUGUUCAGUAGAAAAUUAUGGUGGACCGUUCAGCUCCCUACAGCACGGUUUUGUUUCCCCGGGACCAUUUACAGCAGAAGCAUUGACGCAGCCAAGUCAGGGUUGUGAUAUGUCUCACCAUUUUGGCUAUUUAUGA